CAGGAAGCAGACCAGACACCGCUGCCAUGCUCCGAGCAGUGGCCUGUGUUCCCGGAGGCCUGUUUCACUCCUGCAGAGCUCUGUCAGUACGGAUGAGCAGCAGUGGAAUACAACAAAAGGGUGUCCUCGCCAAUCGGGUAGCCGUGGUCACCGGGGCCACUGAUGGGAUCGGCUUCGCCAUCGCCCGGCGCCUGGCCCAGGACGGGGCCCACGUGGUGGUCAGCAGCCGGAAGCAGCAGAACGUGGACCGGGCAGUGGCGGUGCUGCAGGGGGAGGGGCUGAGCGUGACGGGCACCGUGUGCCACGUGGGGAAGGCGGAGGACCGGGAGCGGCUGGUGGCCACGGUCCAGGAGCACUGUGGGGGUGCCGAUUUCCUGGUGUGCAAUGCUGCAGUCAACCCCCUGGUGGGGAGCACUCUGGGGGCUGAUGUUGGGGUAUGGGACAAGAUCCUGGAUGUGAAUGUGAAGGCCCCAGCCCUGCUUCUGAGUCAGCUGCUGCCCCACAUGGAGAACAGGGGGAAUGGCUCUGUUAUCCUGGUCUCUUCCAUUGCAGCGUAUAUGCCCCAUGUGCCACUGGGUGUCUACAACGUCAGUAAGACAGCCCUGCUGGGUCUCACCAGGACGCUGGCGCUGGAGCUGGCUCCCAAGGAUAUCCGGGUGAACUGUCUGGUUCCAGGAGUGAUCAAGACGAACUUUAGCAAAGUGGUGAGGACUGGCAGAACCAGAGCUGAGAUUCUGACCCCGACUGUGCGUGUCCCAUGCAGGAUCGGGCAGCCCGAGGACUGUGCGGGGAUCGUGUCCUUUCUGUGCUCUCCAGACGCCAGCUACAUCACCGGGGAGAACAUCGUGGUGGCCGGCUUCUCUCCUCGGCUCUGA